AUCAUGACAGAAAGGAACCAAACUGUCAUCUCCCAGUUCCUCCUCCUGGGCCUGCCCAUCUCUCCAGAGCACCAGCAACUGUUCUAUGCCCUGUUCCUGGCCAUGUACCUCACCACUGUCCUGGGGAACCUCAUCAUCAUCAUCCUCAUUCUUCUGGACUCCCACCUCCACACACCCAUGUACUUGUUUCUCAGCAACCUGUCCUUCUCUGACCUCUGCUUUUCCUCAGUCACAAUGCCCAAGUUGCUACAGAACAUGCAGAGUCAAGUUCCAUCCAUCUCCUAUGCAGGCUGUCUGGCACAAAUAUACUUCUUUCUCUAUUUUGGAGACCUUGGAAACUUCCUCCUGGUGGCCAUGGCCUAUGACCGCUAUGUGGCCAUCUGCUUUCCCCUUCAUUACACCAGCAUCAUGAGCCCCAAGCUCUGUGUGAGUCUGGUAGUGCUGUCCUGGGUGCUGACCACCUUCCAUGCCUUGUUGCACGCCCUGCUCAUGGCCAGAUUGUCGUUCUGUGAGCACAAUGUGAUCCCCCACUUUUUCUGUGAUAUGUCUGCUCUGCUAAAGCUGGCCUGCUCUGACACCCGUGUUAAUGAGGUGGUGAUAUUUAUUGUGGUCAGCAUCUUUCUUGUCCUUCCAUUUGCACUUAUUAUCUUGUCCUAUGUAAGAAUUGUGUCUUCCAUUCUCAAGGUCCCUUCUUCUCAAGGUAUCUACAAAGCCUUCUCCACAUGUGGAUCCCACCUGUCUGUAGUGUCACUGUUCUAUGGGACAGUGAUUGGUCUCUAUUUAUGUCCUUCCAGUAAUAAUUCUACUGUGAAGGAAACUGUCAUGUCUUUGAUGUACACAGUGGUGACUCCCAUGCUGAACCCCUUUAUCUACAGCCUGAGGAAUAGAGACAUAAAGGGCGCUCUUGAAAGAAUCUUUUGCAAAAGGAAAAUUCAACUAAACCUAUAA